GUCUUGCCUUCUACUCACCACGCUCCUCUUCCAGCACGCCGCCCGCCCGAUGCGCGCCGCCGUGACGAUGUUGGUGCGACGGUACCGCCUCAUGCGUCUCCCGCCAUGUCAGUAGGUGCGAUCAGUACAGAAUUCGGGCGACAGCAGAGAACAUGCCGAAGAAUCAUCCCCGUCCAGAUUUCGAUGGCAUGUGCAGCACCCACUUUCCUCUGCGCGUCAUGUGUGCAUUCUCCUCCUCCACCAAGACGCCGCCGACAAUGACUUCACGCCCUAUCGGACCAAGCCGUUGCGAGUCCUUCUCGUCCGCGACCAUUUUCGUGACUCACUCCCGCGGCCAAGCGAUCAUAUAGAACAUAGUUCCCUUCCAUCGCCCCCGCCAAUGCACAUUCCCGGCGAUACGACGACACCAUGACAGGCUCCCACUCCUCCCCCGCCCUCACCAUCGGCGUGCUGGCCCUCCAAGGCGCCUUCGUCGAGCACAUCACCCUGCUCCGACAAGCCGCGCCGGCACUGACUGCCGAGCACGGCCUCCACUUCACUUUCAUCCAAGUCAGGACGCCCGAGCAGCUGGACCGAUGCGACGCUCUCAUCCUGCCUGGAGGCGAGAGCACCGCCAUCUCGCUCAUCGCCGAACGAUGCCGUCUCCUCGAACCGCUCCGAAACUUCGUCAAACUGCAGCGACGUCCCACCUGGGGGACAUGCGCAGGGCUCAUUUUGCUGGCUGAGGAAGCCAACAAGAGCAAGGCGACAGGGCAAGAGCUGAUCGGAGGGCUAGACGUGCGCGUGCAACGCAACUACUUUGGCCGACAAGUCGAGUCUUUCGAGGCAGCGCUGCAACUGCCCUUCCUUGGACCGGAUCCCUUCCACUCCGUCUUCAUCCGAGCGCCGGUGGUAGAGAACAUCCUGGCGUCGUCCGCGAAAGAUGUCACGACGGAGAUUGUAGAGAAGAGUGCGGGCGAAAGCAAGGCCAUUCGCCCCAGCAUGCCCAACCGAGCGGAUACUGUGUCUGCCCCACAGAUAAAGGCGACUUCAGCACCAGUGGAGAUCUUGGGAAGGCUGCCCGGGAGGGCAAAAGCGAUCAAAGACAAGACGAGCACGGCGGAAGAGCUGGGAGAGGAGGGCGAUAUCGUCGCUGUGAAGCAGGGCAACGUGUUUGGCACAUCCUUCCACCCAGAAUUGACGGGCGAUGACAGAAUACACGCCUGGUGGUUAAGGGAAGUCAUUAAAAGCAAGCAGGCCACCUGAACAAAUGCGGGACGACGCAUCUUCAUGAACAAUAUACAACGCGGGAGACGCCGAGUCUGUGGACGUGGCAUCUCUGUUGGCCGGACUCUUCCCUUCAAACCUGCCUGCAACCACAGCCUCGAACCAAGAGGCACCUCCCCGCCUCUCACACUGCUCACCCGGGGCACCGGCAUCACGUUCGGCGUGUUCAGCAUCUCUUCGCUUGUUACUCCGACGCAAACGCCACGGUGUCGCAGAAGAAAGUAUCAGAAGGCGGAAGAGCACGCAACUCCAAAGUUUUGUCCUUGCCGGGGAUUCAGCAGGGUAUUAACAAAUCGGUAGCCUGUGCAGACUGCGCGUGGGGGUCCAGAGGUUGUAGAAGUCGUAGAAGUUGUGGAACUUGUGGUCGUGGUCGUAGUUGGAGUUGUAGUCGUUGUCUAGCAGACUCAGGAUCAAAUCAUGGAUCCGGAAAGUGUGAAUGUUCUCUUA